GACUGGAAAUUACGACAUUGCCACCAGCGGGCAAGAUGCAGAGUUUUGCUGUAGGUUGCAGGUGGGAAUUGACAAGCUAGCUUGGAACCGAUCCCGUUAGCCAGACAUUCUUGUGUGCAGUCAUCGAGAAUCGCCAUCGAACUUAUCGCAUACCGCUCUUAUAUCUGAUCUAACGACACUUCCGUUCAUAACCUCCAUCCCCCCUUACCUCCCCCACAUCCUUCCUGAUUAAGUUACUCCAGACCCCGAAUCCACAUCCUCAAACCAUCGAGAUGACCGAGUUCAUUCGCGGGCAAAUCUUCGGCACCGCAUUCGAGGUCACAUCGAGGUACGGGGAUCUGCAGCCUGUCGGAAUGGGAGAGUUUGGUCUCGUCUGCUCUGCCCACGACCAUCUCAUCAACCAGAAUGUUGCCGUUAAGAAGGUCGUGAAGCCCUUCAGCACUCCCGCCCUUGCCAAGAGGACAUACCGAGAGCUGAAGCUGCUCAAGCACUUGAGGCACGAGAACAUCAUUUCCUUGAGCGACAUCUUCAUCUCUCCUCUCGAUGACAUCUAUUUCGUCACUGAGCUCCUCGGCACCGAUCUGCACCAUCUCCUGACCUCCCGGACGCUGGAGAAGCAGUUCAUCCAGUACUUCCUCUACCAGAUCAUGCGUGGCCUGAAAUACGUACACUCCGCCGGCGUCAUUCAUCGUGAUCUGAAGCCCAGCAACAUCCUUGUCAACGAGGACUGCGACUUGAAGAUCUGUGAUUUCGGCCUCGCCCGUAUCCAGGACCCCGCGCAAAUGACUGGCUACGUCUCUACGCGGUACUACCGUGCCCCAGAAAUCAUGCUCACAUGGCAGAAGUACGACGUCGAGGUCGAUAUCUGGAGUGCCGCCUGCAUCUUUGCGGAGAUGCUCAAGGGAAAGCCCCUAUUCCCAGGUAAGAACCAUGUCGACCAGUUCUCCAUCAUCAUCGAGCUGCUCGGUACCCCUCCUGAUGAUGUAAUCAACACGAUUGCCAUUGAAAACACUCUCCGAUUCGUCAAGUCGCUUCAGAAGCGAGAGCGCCAGCCGCUGAAGAACAAGUUCAAGACCGCCGAUCCUUCGGCUAUCGACCUGCUUGAGCGGAUGCUUGUCUUCGACCCGAAGAAGCGGAUAACGGCGACAGAGGCCCUGGCGCAUGAGUACCUUGCUCCUUACCACGACCUUACCGAUGAGCCCGUUGCCGUGGAGAAGUUCGACUGGAGUUUCAACGAUUCUAACCUGCCAGUAGACACGUGGAAGAUUAUGAUGUACUCCGAGAUUUUCGACUACCAUAACGCUAGCGCAGCCCAAAUUGAGGAGCAGUUUAACGGGCAGGCGCCUGAGGGGCAAUGAAAAGAAAUAUCGAGAAAUCCCGUACGGAGCGUGCGGCGGCAUCUUGGGCGCUUCGGCGAGGUACAGGAAGCAACUCGAAAGUUGAACGAGUAGAGUCGAGUACCCUGCAUGGGUGAUUUCACCCGGUGCGUGUGAACAAGCCGACAAUGAGAACACACAGCCCGUAUUCUCUUGGUUCAGAAUCCUUUCCCCUUCCAAAUCUCCCAUGAUAGCCUCUGUAUCCGAACUCGAUUCCAAAUGCUUCACAAUGUUAAUACC